AUGCAUUAUGCAUUGUACAAAUUUCCUUUACUUCGUAACUUGAACUUGGGCCGCGUAAAAUUCCAAAAUUCCUAUUCACCUUUUGGUAAUAUACAACCUUUUGUUUGUGAAUCAACUCAGCCUACAUCUUUAAAUGAUAUGACAUUUGUACCUGGACCAGAAAAGCCUAGUACAUGGUGGCCUCAUCAACCGUUAAUUCCUGGACGUCGUGUAGUAAAAUUAUAUCCUGUUCGUUUUCGAAAUAAACUUCGUAUUGCACUAGUCAGAGAAGGAUGUUCUAAUAGACCUUUCUUUACCAUACAGAUUAAAUCUAACUUAGCUGAAUCGAAAAAGAAUGGUAUUGAACAAGUCGGUUCAUGGGAUCCAUUACCUAAUAUUCAUGGAGAACAGUUGAUUGCAUUAAAUUUUGAACGUAUCUCCUACUGGAUUGGUAUGGGAGCUGAACCAACUGUUCGUGUAGCUGAAUUAUUAGGAUUAUGUGGAUUUUUACCAAUACAUCCAAGAUCUUAUUUAAUGGCACAUAGAGCUCGUAUUGCAAUGAUGAAAUAUUUAGAGAGACAAAAACAAAAACAGAAUGAACAGGUUACUGAUGAAAUCACAUUGAAAAGUGCCGAAAUAAACGAAGGUGAAAGAAUAGUGGAUAAUCAAAAAGAUGACACUAAAGAAGUGGAUGUCGGUUUACGUGUUGAUUCAAUAUGGCGUAGAGGAAAUGAACCACCACACUGGUGUUCGUUGAUCCGGAAACUGAAAAAAAACAAAAAAAAGAACACACUUUACAUUCAAGUACAUCUAAGUAAAGUUAAACUAAUCUAA